AUGCAACCAAAUUUGUGGACUGGCUGAUUUUUCACUCUGCUGGGCCCAACUGUCUCUCCCUUCAAAGGGUCCUGCCAGGCUCAGACGUGCGGCUAGUCCCCUUCUUUCUCCCCCAGUUCUUGGCCGGCUCCCCCUCCUCUCCCCCGAGUGGUACGUCCCUCAGGAGUUGGGACCCAGGGGCAUCUCUGGCUUGCAAAAGAGACACCUGGAGAGCAGCAGCGGAUGGCAGCGGUGGCUGCCCCCGCCGGGGCCAAGGAUGGCCCCGCCAAAGUGGGCCUACCUCGCCGGCGCAGCGUCAGCCAGAUCUGCCCACCGCCCCGGCGCCCCAUGACCCUGGCGGAGCUGUACCCAGGCUGCGAGAAUGAGCGGCUCGGGGUGGCCAGGGAGAGUAUGCUGCAGAACCAUCUCAUUGCUAAGCCAGAACUUGGGAAGGCCCGUAGAAGUAACUACACUCUUCCGGGUUAUGAUUUUAACUACGGAUUGUACUUGCACGGAAUGGAUGGAGGCGUUCCUGAAGCUAUUUGCCACUGGCACGUCAUGAAGCCCAGAAUUAUUCUGGAGAAGGAGAAACCCCGUGAUUACAUGGCCACCAACGUCCACGCGGUCAAGGAUGGCUACGUCACGGUCCACGAGCAGAACCUCUACCGCAAGAUGAAGGACUUCCAUGUCAACAUAGAAGACGAACGUCGGUUCAAGAGGAACCCUCCCAAAGUCCCUCCGGACAUGACGUAUGGAAGGCCAGCACGGCCCUCAACGCCUUUCUUUGACCUGCUGCAGCACAAAUACAGAGAGAUAUGGAUGGACGAGCAGAGGGCGGUCAUCAAAGCCGAAAAAGCUGAGAAGAAGCAAAAGAAACGUCGGGGGAAAUCGUACGAGACUCGGACGUGUUUGCUGAGGAAGUUCCAGCCGCCGACGAAAAAGGAGGAGCUUUGGCGUAUCCCCCAUUUCCAAAAGGUUGACCCACACCUCUCAACCUUCCCAGAUCAUGCUUCGUACAAGAAGGCGCUUGAGGUCUUCCGUUCAGAAGUUCCUGUGAGGAUCGGGCCCCUGGCCCAAGGCCUUUAUACCACAGCCUGUUAAGACAUAUCUAGAGGAAAGAAAGACAAGAGAAGGAGCAGGCUGAACAAGGAAAAGAAACAAAAUAAAUCCAGAAGACUUAAUUGCAGAUUUCUAUUUUAGGACUGGGGAUUGGUUUGUUCGCCUGAUGAUUAAACUUAUC